GAGUUAUAAUCUAAGCAGCCUUGUUAUAAGACAUUAUCGCCGCCGCCGCCGCCGCCUCAGAAUGGCUGCCUCUUCGCUGUUAAACCCCGCCAUUUCUUUCCCCUCUUACAAACCCAAGCUCCAAGCCAACCCAAAUUUCCGCAAUCCCAUUCUCAGAAUCCGACGACCAUCCGCUACUUCCGAUUCGUCUUCCUCCACGCCGACUAAUGGCUCUCCGUCAUUGUCGACCACCAAGAAUCGCCGCUCUGCCGACGAGAACAUCAAAGACGAAGCACGGCGCCAUCGUGCGGCCUCUGGAGAAGACCGUAGCAACUUCUCGGCCAAGUACGUGCCCUUUAACGCCGGCGCCGACUCGUCUGAGUGGUACUCGCUCGACGAGGUCGUUUACCGGAGCCGAUCUGGUGGAUUGCUCGACGUUCAGCACGACAUGGAAGCUUUGAAGAAAUUCGACGGCGCGUACUGGCGCAACCUCUUCGAUUCACGCGUGGGGAAAACCACAUGGCCUUAUGGGUCCGGUGUGUGGAGCAAGAAGGAGUGGGUGUUGCCGGAGAUUGACCCCGACGAUAUCGUCAGCGCCUUCGAAGGUAACUCGAACCUGUUUUGGGCUGAGAGAUUUGGCAAACAGUUUCUGGGUAUGAAUGAUUUAUGGGUAAAACACUGUGGGAUUAGCCACACUGGGAGUUUCAAGGAUUUGGGCAUGACUGUUUUGGUCAGCCAAGUGAACCGGCUGAGGAAAUUGAAACGCCCCGUCGUCGGAGUCGGUUGUGCAUCGACGGGAGACACAUCGGCCGCACUCUCGGCCUACUGCGCAUCUGCAGGGAUCCCUUCAAUCGUCUUCCUUCCUGCAAACAAGAUUUCCAUGGCACAGUUAGUUCAGCCCAUUGCAAAUGGAGCCUUUGUGUUGAGUAUAGACACUGAUUUUGAUGGCUGCAUGAAGCUAAUUAGGGAAGUUACAGCAGAAUUGCCCAUUUACUUGGCCAAUUCCUUGAAUAGUUUGAGGCUUGAAGGGCAAAAGACUGCUGCCAUUGAAAUUCUACAGCAGUUUGAUUGGGCAGUGCCUGAAUGGGUGAUCAUUCCAGGAGGCAAUCUUGGGAACAUAUAUGCAUUUUACAAAGGAUUCAAGAUGUGCCAAGAACUUGGCCUUGUUGACAGGAUUCCUAGGCUUGUUUGUGCACAAGCAGCUAAUGCUAACCCUCUGUAUUUACACUACAAAUCUGGGUGGAAAGAUUUCAAGGCUGUGAAAGCAAGUUCGACUUUCGCCUCAGCCAUUCAGAUUGGGGAUCCUGUUUCCAUAGAUAGAGCUGUUUGUGCUCUACAGAAUUCGAAUGGCAUCGUCGAGGAAGCGACGGAGGAGGAAUUAAUGGAUGCAAUGGCACAAGCUGACUCUACUGGGAUGUUCAUUUGCCCUCACACAGGGGUGGCACUAACAGCUUUGAUCAAGCUAAGAAACCAAGGUGUCAUCAGCCCGACCGAUAGGACGGUGGUGGUGAGCACUGCUCAUGGCCUGAAGUUUACACAGUCGAAAAUUGAUUAUCACUCCAAGGAAAUCCCAGACAUGGCUUGCCAAUUCGCCAACCCACCUGUUCAAGUGAAGGCUGAUUAUGGGAGUGUAAUGGAUGUACUUAAAGAUUAUUUACUACAAAAGGCUCCAAUGUCUAAAGUGUAGUACCUUGUAGAUUAUCGCUUUUGACCCGGCUGGCUUUUAAUUUCUGUUGCUCUACUUUACCUAGUAAUAAAAUUUGGCCCUUGAUUCCAAA